GUCGUCGUGAGAAUAUGUAGGCCCACUGAUACAGUGCAUUCGAUCGAACUAUUUGCGGCCCGGACGCUGCAUGGUGCAAACGAAAGAUGCAUUGCUCUCAAAGUGGUUCAAAUCUCUUUACUUCUUUAUUAGUGUGUUUCCUGCAAUUUAAUAAGCUAUAAUAAGAAAAAUCAUUUUCGAUUUUUCGGUUUUUUUGAUACUUUCUUACGGAUUUGAAUUUGUUCCUGUAAUUUAUCAAGAUGAAAUGGGCGGUACGAAUAGUAUCAUGGCUGUCUUCUCUGAUUCUGACGAUGUUACACCCAGUCUUCUUGUAUUUGAAUCGUGUGCAACCUCCGAAACUACCUCCAACGAAGAAUCCUCUGCUUCAACUCAGUGCUACUGAAUUAGCAAAGAAAAUACGCCUCCAGCAGGUUACGAGCGAAGCUGUUGUUACAGCAUACAUUAAGAGGAUAAAAAAGGUGAAUCCAUUCAUCAAUGCCGUCGUUGACGAGCGAUACGAAGAUGCUGUCAGAGAAGCUCGUGAUUGUGAUAAAAUGCUCGAGAGUGGAGAAGUCACUAUUGACGAAAUAACCAUGAGUAAACCUCUUUUUGGUGUACCAUUCACUGUGAAAGAAAGUUGCGGACUGAAAGGUCUCAGCCAGACCGGUUGCACCAGAGUGAGGCGAGGGAUCAAGGCCGCCGAAGACAGCCUUAUUGUAGCGAGUAUGAGAAAGGCCGGUGCAAUUCCGCUAUGUGUGACUAAUACCCCAGAACUCUGUUCUGGUUUUGAGUCGGCUAAUCUAGUAUAUGGUACGACAGUCAAUCCAUAUGAUGGGAGACAUUCAGCUGGGGGAUCGUCCGGCGGGGAGGGCGCACUUAUAGGAGCUGGCGCUUCUCUCAUAGGAAUUGGUUCUGAUAUUGCCGGAUCCAUUCGAGUCCCGUCACUUUUCAAUGGAAUAUUUGGACAUAAACCCACACCCGGAAUAAUACCAAUCAAAGGGCAUUUUCCAAUGUCGAAUGGUCCCAAGUUUCAAACGUACUUGGCUCUCGGCCCGAUGACCAGAUUUGCCGAGGACUUACACUUGGCUGUCAAAGUUAUGUCCGCAGACUGUAAGCAGAAUUUACGGCUGGAUGACCCUGUUGAUAUUGGCAAGCUCAAUGUAUUUUACAUGGAGGAUGCCGGAAGGGCGUUUGGAAUAACCCCUACGAAUAAAGAUACGAGGAAUGCCAUUUUCAAGGCUGCGCAAUAUUUCGAAAAACGAGGGGCAAAAGUCGUCAAGCCGGAAAUGGAUGAGAUGUCGGAAACUUGUGAAGUGGCAACCGGAGUUUUCUUCUCUAUGAAAGACAUGCCUCCUAUUUUGAUACCCUCUAAUACGAAGGAUAAUGUGAAUUCCACACUGGAACUUCUAAAAUCAUUGGUGGGACGAUCCGAAUUCACCAAGUCCGCUAUUUUCAUGAGUCUCGUCAAAGAUUUAAAUGGACUCGUAUGCCCUUCUAAUGUACCGAUUUGUUUGCAAAAAUUGGAAGACUUGAGGGUCAAACUCUUGAAACAACUCGGGGAUAACGGUGUAUUCUUGUAUCCAACGUUUACGUGUGGAGCCCCACUAGUUGGACAGGUUGUGUUAAACACAUCAGCUGGGAUGUAUUGUUUGCUAUGUAAUCUUCUUGGGUUUCCGUCCACGCAAGUGCCCAUGGGGCUGGAUGCCAAAGGAUUGCCCAUUGGGUUUCAGGUAUUUGCGGCUCCACAUCAAGAUCGUUUAUGCCUUGCGGUAGCGAAGGAACUGGAGAAAGCAUUUGGCGGCUGGAUACCACCGACCAAGAGUUAAUCGCAAUGAACCAACUGUCGUCAUUCGUUGUUUACACUUCCUGCUGACACUAGUGGAAAAUUUACGAGAUCGACGGUAAAGAUGAUUUGAACUUGUCAUCAGCAAAAUGUCAAAAACCCUUGUAAUUAUAACUCAUUGUGAAUGUUCUAUUGAAUUUUCCGAGAUUUGAUGUGUCGGUACAAUUAGAUUCUAUUAAUUGUGGAGAACAACACUGAAUAUUGGCACUCGGUAUCUCCGCAAUUGAUAAGGACGUUUUAAGUUACUUACUGAAACGAAUGAUAAUAUCUCGACAAUUGGAAGUUGGAGGGGCGUGAGUGAAAAAUAAUUUAUUCGUCAUAUAAAUCCGAUUCCGAUUGAACUUUUGAUGAAAUAAUUAUUGUUUUUCUGCGCGUUUUCUGAAUGGAAAUAUUCAAUACUAACAUUGGUAAUUGUUAUGCAGAGAAGCUAUUUCAUGCAGAGAAGCUAUUUCUUUAGUAGAAUCGGUGGAAAAGUAAUAGGAUUUUCAAUAAAGUUCCAAACAAAAAAUACGUUUUUCUAUAAAUUUUUUUUCGUAAUAACGAUAACUUCUCAAUGAUUAUCGAGACAUUUCUAGUGAGGACACAUUUAUGUUUAAAUAAACUGCAUGACAACAGUACAGGUGUUUUCCACGUGUGAACAGGCGAACAUUAGAAAUAACAGACUUUACUUUUUAUUCUUAAACAAGUGGGAAAUUGCUCAUGUAUUGUAUAUAGUAUAGUUAUUUUUGCUAAUAAAUUAUCAAUAUGCUUC